AUACUUCCGCACUUGACAGCGUCGGACCCUUCAAUGCCAUAUCGAGUCUCGUAGAACGAUCCUCCGGUGCGAUACUACUCUGUGCCUCUUAUGGCUGUCGGGGUGGAGCGCCGUGCGGAGAUAGUUGCUGCUAAGCUGGACCACGCGUUGCUUUUGCAGCCCGUUAGUAACGCAAUGUCCUACAAUCCUUUGGCCCAACCUUCAGGCGCGGGCUUUCCUAUCUCAGAAACUACAUCUCCCGAAAUCCUGGAUGAGCGCCCUGACUACUACUCGGCGCAAACGGACCAAGCUGCCGAAACCUCUCCACAGCAACAACUGCUCAAAAAGAGGCGCGCGUCUAAAGACAAGGCUACUGUCAUCAGACGUUCAUCUUCGACACCCCACAUGCGCAACCUAGCUCUGGGGGCCGCCAGCGAGCUGUCACCUACCGGUGACAAGCGACGGAACAAGCUGGGCUACCAUCGUACAUCAGUCGCGUGCGGACACUGUCGCCGGAGGAAGAUAAGAUGCCUUGUAGCAAAUGACGAAGUCACUGGACGUUGCGCAAACUGCAUCCGGCUGAAGAAAGAAUGCAACUUCUAUCCCGUGGACCAGACACCGGAACAGUCUCGGGCACAGGCAGGCGCUGCAAAAGAAGCGAACGGCGUCGCGCCUUCUCCUUCCAAUAUUUCGUCCCCUCGACACGCCGUUUCCGUGACAGGAUCCAAAGUGGAUGAGUUUCGCCCGCCUUUUCCGGGGAAUUUGUCGACAAAUUCUGGCUCUAGAUAUGAUGUAUCUAGCGAAUCCGACAGUGAUGCACACCACAUCACCCCAUCAAGCGGCAUGCCGGUACAACAACCUGGAUAUGGAUACCCGCAGCCCAUCGACACACAGUGGCCUCCGAGCACUACCUUUUUACCCUCUUCGUCUGUUUCAGAGAGCCCGUCCUCUUCCACAGGUUACUGGCGUCCAUCUCCUACAACUGCAAGUACGGUUUUCGGCAGCGAGUCGAAUGUUUCGAGUGUGCACACACCUGCGACACUUCAGAGCGCAAGUUCCACAAUGUCCUUUGGAAACCAUCAAGAACAUCAGAAUUGGGCACCACAGAACUUUCAGCCUCCAAGUAGAUCCAUGUCGUACGGCAACAUUGAAGGCCUACCACAACAUUUUCAGAACCAGCCUCUCGGCGUCCCAUCACACGAAUACCGACGAGCCGCGCCAUAUCCAUUUCCCACUACACUGGACACGAGCCCAGCGGCGAUUCACUCGACCACAUUAGGACCACACUCUUCGGCUCCUCUAUCGGCACCCAUAAUAUCUGGGAAUCCUUACAACUACCCCCCACCUUGGAAUCCGUAUCACGGAGGUCAAAAUCCAGGACCGGAGGGACCUGUACAAAGCCGUCCAAUUGGUGGACAUUGGUACACCGAGCCAGGACAUCUUGGCCAGGUUCAAGAAGAAGGCGCCCCACCCAUGACAUACAGCCAUCACGGCAUGUCCCACUUUUAAGCAGAAGAAAUUACGCUGCACUACAGCCUCCACAUCUCAGGACGAGGCACUAUUAUUUCCGGUUCGCCAUCGCACGCUUCGGCGGGAUUUUCCACGCUUGCGCUGCUCGAAUUCACAGUAUCUAUAUUUCGUUCUAUUCUAUUUUGGGGUCAAGGGGUUACAUUGGGUUAAGUUUUCUGGGAUCGCGAUUGGAGCCAG